AUGGCGGCAGCGGAUGUCCCCAAAUGGGGCUUUGGGCAAGAGCCCAUGGAAAUUAAACCCGUUGCGAACUUCAUUUCGUUCUUCUCAACUUGCGACACGACCCUCCCCACCGAAAACAAGAUGUCUCUCGACUUCAGCUUUUCCACACCUUCGCUCACUCGACAGCCCGCCUGGGAACGUGUCUCGACACAGUCGCAUCCUGCUACAGGAAAGAACCGACGGAUCAUGAAGCGCGUAGGACUUCCCACCGAACGACGAGUUGCUGCCAAGCACUCUCCUCUCCUCACGCCUCCCGCUGCUGUUGUUCCCCCUCCCACCCGCGAGGAUAUCGCUCUCGAUCAGCUUGCACAGCGAAAGGUUCGCCGAGGAACCAACUUCGUGCCUGCUAUUGGAUUUACCGAUUACUCGGGCAAGCCCAGCAGUCAUGCCAAGUGCCUCAGCAGCAUGAUGCAAGCAAAGGCCGAUGUCGCUAAUAACUUUAUGAUCACAUCUUCCUGCACUACGUAUCAUGAUAAGGUUGCCGCUUCGCGUGGCAUCCUCCAGGUCACUCCUCGCAAGCGACGUGCCGACAGCGACGAUGUCAUCGAUAUUCCUGUUCACAUGGAUCGCGUCACUGGCAACAGGCUCACUAGCUACCAGUCUUUGAUCCCCAUCAUCAAGAAAGCCAUCCGCUCCGGCAAGCACGAGAUCGACAUCGCUACUGCUUCUGUGGCAGAGUUCGCGAGAUUCAUGCGUAUAAUGCGCCGAAACCCUCGAAAGUACCUCGCUGCACAGGGUGCUUCCGACCUCUCUGCUAUCGAGGACAUGUCCGAACCUGAUAGCCCUACGGUUAUCCGACAGCCUAACCUCAAGGCCGAGAGUCGAUCCCCUCAGAAGCGAAUUGCUCGUCUUAUGACCAACCCAUUCAAGAGCCGUACAAACCGUCUUGCCGAGGGCUUCGUCCAACUUGCUCCCGGACCUAGCCGCAUGCUGGAUUCUUCUCCUACCAAGACUGCUUCUGCACCAUCUUCCCCGACGGCAUCUUCUCCUCUGCCCCACUCUACCAGCCCUGUGCUGCCUACCAUGACACGCGCUGGUAUCAACUCGAGCCCUGUCUCUGAGUCUGCAGCCUCUGCUAAGGAGAAUGCGUUCAAUGGAUCUGUCGCGUUUGAUAGCUCACCCGCUCGCCCUGGUCGUGCUUUCCGAGUUCCUUCCGAGUUCGAUUCGUCUUCCAUCGCUGAUAGCACCCAUGGUCCCCCAGAGACUCCCACGAAGUCCUCGUCCCCCGUGAACUAUUCGCGUCCUAUUGCUCCCACUCCCUCUCAAUGGAACCGAGCUGAGCCUUCGACUCCUUUCACUCCCAAGCCUCAGAGUGCUGCCCCUACCACACCCGGCAUGACAUCGAGCCCUAUUGGCCUGUCAGCUCUGCUUCCUCCUUCUACCCCCAACGUGCCCCAGUGCACCUACAACACCCCCAGCGGUGUCGACUCUAUUGACUUCGGCAAGGAAUCUCCUUUCCGCAGCAACUCUAUUUCUUGGAUGAACAACUCUGUUCAAGACAACGAGCCCAAGCGCAUUAAGAAUGUGAACCAUGCUCGCCGUCGCCAGAGCGAGCCUCUGCUCCGCAAGUAUUUUGACACCCAGGCCCGCCGUCGCUCAGCCUCUCCCAAGAAGGUCCAGUACCAGGAUGAGGAUACCUUCCGCGAUGAGGUCUCUAUUGCUUCACUUUUUGAUACACCAUUUGCUACCCCUGCUAAGGCAGCUGUCUCCAAGUCUACACCGAUCGAGACCACCAUUGCUAUUGAGGCCAUCGUCACUGAGAACGCUACCACUGAGAACGCUACCACUGAGAACGCUACCACUGAGAACGCUACCACUGAGAACGCUAUCAAUGAAAACGCUACCACUGAGAACGCUACCACUGAGAACGCUAUCAAUGAAAACGCUAUCAAUGAAAACGCUACCACUGAAAACGCUAUCACUGAGAACGCUGUUACCGAGACUGUUCCUGCUGAGGACACCGCCCUUACUGUCGACGCUGUUGAAGAAUCUUCCAACGAUGAAGAUGUAUCUUCCCCGAUUGAGCCUGAGGCUAUUGAGGAGGCCUCUGAGCUUUCCAACACUGAACCCGUUGAUAUCGCGAUGGAUGUCGAUGCUGAAGAGACCGCUGUCCUCGAGACUGCUGCUCAGGCCACUACCUCUGAUGCCACUUCUACCGAGGUCACUGCCGAGCAAACUCUUGUUGACAACGAGGUUUCCCUUAUGACUGAGCCUGAGGCUACCCAAGAGGUCUCCGACCUUCCUGAACCCGAAUCUACUGAUGUCGCAAUGGAUCUCACCACAGCUGAGACUGCUAUCGCUGAUUUCGAAGCUGUCGAGACAACUUCCGCUGAUCCCACUGAGACUUCCGCGAUUGAAAAUGGUGCACAUGAAACAUCCAUUGAUGAUAACAUCACGAUGGAACUUGAGCCCGAGGCUACACCCGAGGUUACUGACCUCGCCGAUUCCACCAACCCAGACUCUACUGUCCAUGAGACGACUGCUGCUGAGUCUUCUGUCAAUAGCGACUACAUUAUUAUCGCUGUUGAUUACUCUACUACUGAGAAUGCAGCCCAACCUGAUGUUGAUAAGAAUAUGUCCGACGACCUCGAAGACAUUUCCGAAGCCCCUACUGUUAUCAUUCGUACACCUACCGAUACCGAUAUGAAUGAAACCCUCCCCAUCCCUACCGAUGAUGAAAACACCGAACUCACCACCGCCGAGCAAGGUGUUGUUGAAAUUGACGUGCGAGAAAACCCCGAUAUUUUCGGAGCCCAUGUCUCCUCCCCUCCUGCUCCAAUUCGCAAAUUGUCACGCAUGGCCGACAAUGCCUGCAGUGGUCACGCUAAGGUCGUGGUCAACGAACAGAAUGGCAGACUUUUUGUCCGAUUUAAGCUCUCGGCUGAGUAUGCUCAUUUGUUCCCUGCGAGCCAAGGUUUUGACGAGAGCCAACUUACUCUGACUCCAUCCGCCAUCUCCCACUCGCCUAGAAUCUCAUUUGAUUCGAACCGUAUCCAUCGUCAGUCUGAUAUGUCCUCACCUGCGAAGGCCCAAGACACACCUACCGCCACUCGACUUCCUUCUCUUAGCGAGAUGCUGAAGACCCCAGAUAUCAGCGCCUUUGGCCGCUCACCAUCCUUUGCAUCUGAGUUCCGCACACCUGAACUCCCAGCCCACGAUAACACACUUAUGUUUGGCAGUCCCGCGGGUGGUCUUACUCCUGCCUUUAAACCGUUUACACCCAACACUCGAUCUAUCGAUUCUCUACUCCAGACACCUGAUAUGUCUGCUUUCGGCACUACUACCAAGACCCCCGGUGAUGGCUUCCAGACUCCUGAGCUGCCUCCCUCUGACAACACUCUCAUGUUUGGAUCUACCAAACCGAUGUCAACCAAGCGCGUAACUCGACGCCAGAGUGCCAUGACGCCUCUGAAACAAGCACUCACAAAUGCUACAGGAACUCACAGGCCUGCCACACCUAAAGAGCCGACCGCAUUCAAUUACAACACCCCCAAGUUUGCCACACCCAUGAACGAUGCUGCUGAUCGCACUCUUGCUUUCUCAUGGUCCGAUACCAAGGACUCUCCCACACAUGAUAACGACCGAGCCACCCAGAUCGCGACACCUACCAAGUUGACACACACUGAAGUGCAACCCGCUACUGAGGAACCUACUACCGAGGAACCCACUACCGCGACAUCUACUACUGAGCAGCCCACUAUUGACCAACCUACUAUUGAGGCAUCGACCAUUACCGAGCAACUUCCUAUCGAAAAGUCUACUACCGAGACAUUGACUACCUCCGACGAUCAGCCUAUUGAGCUCAGCAACGCACCCGAGCAACCCAUCCCUAACAUCGAAGUCGCACCAGCCCAAGAGGCACCUGCCGCAGACGAUAGUCACCAGGAUCUUGACAGCCCAGGCCGCGAGUACAUGCGUAACUUCAUCAAACGCUCUCGACAAGCUGCGACUACUACUGACGCCGGAUCACCCAUUGCUCCCAUUAACCAACGUCAGCCUCUAGGAGCUCGAAGCCCUAACAGGGGUAGCCCUAUGAAGACGAAGCGUAAGCACGAGGAAGACCAUGAGACCGACGUACAGUCUCCUCCCAAGAAGGUCAAGGUCGAAGAGGUCACAGAGACCGCCUCCAAGUCUGCACCCAAGAAGGGCAGACGAACAAAGAACAGCCGGCAAAAGUCCGAGCUAGAGAUCGAUAUGACAGAUCUCCCCGCCGCCACUCCCACCACCUCCUUCUCCACCACCGACAAGCAAGUUGACGAGCUUGAUGCGGUGACUCCAGCGACGCGUCGAUCCAGCCGACUGCGAGUCCAGGAGACCGCCAGUGGUGCCCCCAAGUCCUCCCUUCCAACACCAAUCAAGCUCAACCGAGCUGGUGCUGGCCGCAACGGAGGGGCCAACCUGACAAAGAAGCCCCGAACCGAGGACCAGGAGUUGGAUCGCAAGACGCGAUCCAACACCAAGAAGAACAUGGGUGACGCCGAGUUCCCCUCCGAGGUCCUCGUUAGACUCGCGGGCCAGGUUGAGGAGGACUCUGAUGUGAGCCAGGAGUCGGAGGGUUCGGCCGGCGGGCGACGCGUGGGUUGGAAGACCCCCCUGGAGAAGGUCCAGGGUGAAACACCAAAGAAGGGACGGGCCGCGCCCAAGGGCAAGGGCAAGGCCACCCAAGGAGAGACGGGCAUCUCGAAGCCCAAGUCGACCAGCAAGUCGACACCGAAGACGGCGCGGGCCACCAAGGUGGCGGAGGGUUUGGGCAUGGUUGCCAAUGGCACGCCCGCCAAGCCCCAGCGCGUGACGCGAUCUCGCGCACGCUCUGGGGUUUGA